AUGAAUUAUGAUUCAAUUAGCAAAAAUAUAAUUACAUCAAUUGUACCAUUUAUUGAACUAUUUGAUCAUUUUAUGUUUGUAGGUAUUAUCAGUUUAAAUAGAAUUUCAUCCCAAUUUACAUUAAACCUCUUAUCUUUAAUUGCUUUUCAAUACAUUCUUGGUUAUAAAAUCAUUGUUUAUUUAUUGUUAAAGAGAGAUAUAAGCACAAUAGAACUUUUACCAGAAAUACAUGAAAGAAAAGAAGUAAAUUUAGAUCAUAUAAAUCAAUAUGUCAUGAUAGAUGCAAGGGAAUCAUUUCCUUUAAAAUGUAAUAAAUGUAAAAGACCUAAACCACCACGUGCCCAUCAUUGUUCAGAAUGUAAUAAGUGUUAUUUAAAGUAUGAUCACCACUGUUACUAUUUUAAUAGCUGUAUUGGUUUUCAUAACUAUAAAAACUUUAUUCAAUUCUUUGUAAUUACAAUCAUACAAUCUGCAUUGGUUGUAGUUAACGGUAUAAAUAACAUAAUAAUAGGAAGAAAUCUAUUUUUCAUCAUUCUUUCAUAUUUUUUAUCAGUUAUUUUUUCUAUUUAUUUCAUUAUAUCAGUUAUAUUACUUAUAUUCAAUCUAAACCUUAUCAAAAACAAUGAAACUGUUUUAGAAUCACUAGCUUUAGAUGCUUAUAUAACAGGAUGUAAUAACUACCACAGUGUAUUUCAAGAAGGUAAAAUAAAAGAAUUUUCAGAGAGCAAAGAUAUAACUAUUCUAAAUCCAUAUAAUUUAGGAACAAGAGAGAAUUUCACACAAGUAUUUGGAGACACCUUUCUACAAUUUAUAUCACCGAUAUUUACUUCUAAAGACGAUGGCAAGAAAUUUAAAACAAAUUGA